AUGCCUGUCACUUGGGAAUCGUCGUCAAAUGCCUCUCUCAUCAUAUGGGAUAUCGAGCGAGAGUUCCAGAAUGCCAGCGAAGCAUAUGUGCAAUGGCAGGCACGGCAUCGACGCAGACGCUCGACAUGGGCGUGGUUCGGAACCAAGAGCCGGGAUGAUGCCCUCAGGAAAGCAUUGAGGUUGGGACGCCAGGUGCGAAAGCUCAUAGAAACUGGCAAAGCAACUUUUGGAUCACGUUUCGAGGAGGGUGACUCAAUAUGUCACACAAUCCUCUCGGCUCAACUCUUGCGACUUCAAUACGAAAUCCGCGUCCCAUUAUAUGGCAAGGCACUAAGCCCUACACCAACCUCCAUACCAUACGAAGAGAUCAUCACAGCCGCAAAGGGCAUCCGUCGCGUUUGUCUCACCGCUCUGACUGAGCAGUAUGCUCGUUUCCGAUCACCACUAUCCACACCUAUCCUCCCACCUCCAUGCUUCAAAUUGCAGUUCUGUCCAUUCGCAGAACAACUCAAGAAGGACCUGAAGAAAGCAAAGCCAAGUGAACUCCAAACAAAGAAGCUUCUACCACACCGUCAUCACGAUGAUCGAGAACUGUGCCCGCACUGCAGCAUACGCAUAUCUGUAACCCCACACUCCGGACUGCCGAAUUACAGAUCCAUACUGUUCUCCUCGCACACUGGAGGGAUCUGCACAACAUCCGACGACAGAGCCACAUUUGCAUGCACAAGCUGCCACAAGACCUUUGACGACUCGUACGCAUUCCUCGAUCACGUUUUCCAGAAGAAAAUCGGCAGUGACAAGAGCUGUCUGGGCGGCUCGAGAACACGCUGGAUCAUCAACAAGGAGUUCAACCAAAGCGAUUCUAGACUCUUGGACCAGUGCUUGAAGAACUGCGUGGACAGAGAGCUGAAGAGGGCUAAAUCACAACUAAUGGUGGUGUCAUAG